GCCUAUAUCAUGCCGAACGAUGAAGUAGAGAUGGAAAGACUUGACAUGACGCAUGCCAUGAUGGUCAAGGCAAUCAAGAAUAGGUUGUUUCUUGCCCCGCUCGAGAAAGAAAAGAUUCAGCAAAUUCUUGAUGUUGGCACUGGCACUGGCAUCUGGGCUGUGGAGAUUGGCGACAUCUUUGAGAACGCCGAGGUUAUUGGCAUUGAUCUUAGCGCUAUCCAGCCGUCCUGGGUUCCUGUGAAUGUAAGAUUCGAAAUUGAUGAUGUUGAAAGCCCAUGGCUUCAUCAAACAAAAUACGACUUCAUCUUCUGUCGGUUCAUGGCCGCUUCCAUAGCGGACUGGCCGAAGUUAGUCAAGAACAUUUACGAUCACUUGAACCCGGGAGGUUGGGCCGAGUUCCACGAGAUGGACCCCGAGAUUUACUCGGAUGAUGGCACAUACACUGAAAAGCAUGCCACCUGGCCCUGGAAUCAGACUUUCUUGAAGACAAUGAGGAGCAUCGGGCGGGAACCCUCUCCUGGUCCGAGGCUUGAAGGUUGGGUGACGGACACUGGCUUUGAAAACAUUUUCCACCAGCGUUUCAAAGCCCCCCUCGGCCCCUGGCCCAAGGAGCCACAUUAUAAGGACUUGGGUAUGCUCAACUUGGCCCAAAUGCUCGAAGGUCUGGAAGGAUUCACUCUCAGAGUCUUUUGUGGCGUCCUCGGCAGAACCAAGGAAGAGGUGCUAGUUGAGACUGCGGAGGUUCGCAAGGAGAUGAAGGAAGGUGCCUACCAUGGCAUUUAUGACCUCCAUGUGGUUUACGGACAGAAGCCUCUAGCAGAGGCACCCUCAUCCUCGACGCUCUGGGUAGAUCAUGCUUAGACUAAGUAGUAAGGUAGUCUCCCAUUGUACUUUGGCGCACUAACAGCGGGCCGAAACUAGAUGUGUUUGAAUGCGAUUCGGGGGUCAUUUAGGUGUCAUGUGCAAUUAUAUCGUAGCCUGCUAGAUGAACCUACUUCAUGCCAAUGUAUCGAUGUUGAGGUUGUGUUGCACAGUUCCAUGGACUUUUGUUCGUAUGGAUACACUUUGCUAGCAAGUUUCUCUAAAAUUGCUUCAGCAUCAAAUUUAUAAUCAUUUCUCUAUCGUGUUCAAACGUUCGCGUUCCGAAAGAAAUGUUGCCAAUACCGAUCAGAGACAGCGCUGAUCAGAGAGCAGCCGGUCAUGGAUCGAUCUCAGUGACAGCAUCGAUCUCUACUAAGGUACUACGAGGCCACGCAUGAAAAGAUAGCUCAUCUGCUCUUAGACCGCGAGACUGCCAAC